CCCUGUCUCUCUGUCUCCCUGUCUCUCUCUCUCUCCUUCCCGGUGCUUGUUUGGGUAAGACACUGCCGUGCGCCGGCGACACGUUCGCCGUUGCCGGUCGGCGACCUAACUCUUGCCCUCGAGCUGUCUCAACUUCUGUCUUUUGAAAAACCUCGACUUUCCCCAAACCCACUUUCCAUCGAUCCGUUUAUCCUUCCAUUUUGCAGUAACUCUAGGGUUUUACAGAGCCAAGCAACCGCCGGAAUGAACCCCCCUCCUCACUCGUCGUCGCGACAUGACUAGCCUCCGCGACGAGCCGGCCUCCAGCAGUGCCCCCGAGGGCUUCCACAGAGUCCACGCGGAGCGCGACCCCGAAUCCAACUGGGCCGUCGAUCUCGACCGGUUGCUCGAAGAGUACUUGGCCAAGAUCUGUGCCGGCGAGAUACCUGACGACGAGGACGGUAGCAUUCGCGUGAAUUUCGCUGAAGCUGCUUUGCUGCUUCAGGGUUCGGCCCAGGUGUACAGCCGGAAGGUGGAAUAUCUGUAUUCGUUGGUUUUGCACGCUUUGGAGUUCAUUUCUCAACAGCGGCCGCCAAAUCAGGAUGAAAGCACAUUAGUCCAACCCGAAGAAAGUGAUUUAGGUGUGGUUCUAGAUGAAGAUGAAGACCCUUUUUGGAUCUCAGAUGAUGUGCCAGUGGACCCAAAGAAUUCCCUGGAUAGUUCAUUAGAGAAAGAUACUCCUCCAAAUUACCUUGUGAAGCCUCCUGCCAGUCUAGUUGUACUGGAAGGUGAUUGGUUAGAUGCUUCUGAUGCAGCUGGAGAAUUGGAGUCGUAUCUGUUGGCCAGCAGUGAACUUUUCCGGGACUUUAUUCUCCUAGAUCCAUGUGAUGCCAUCACAGUUAAUACCUUCUUAAAGGAAGAUGUAGUUGGCAAUGGGAAGAGGCAAAAAAUCAGGGUCAACUCAACUCGCAAGAGCUUUCAAUCCCCAACAGGCCGCUCUGGGGGUGGUGCACAUAGGUCAUCUGCUGGAAAGAGCCAGAACAAUUUGGACCCAUCUCCUCCUAUUGGUUGCAAAAUCGGAGUUAGUAGUAGUGACUUUAGAAACUCCCAAAAUGAGUUUGGCAUGAAUAACGAUGAUGCGGGACCUGCAGACUUCGGUUAUGAAGAUAACGAUGACAACAAUGACGAUGAUGACCCAUGGAAGGCUCUAAAUCCCCAUGAACCUGGGAGUCUGAAAGUGAAACGUUUCAAAAGAGUAAAAGCCUGCAGAAAUCCUUCCAUUAGUUCUACAAGGAAAAUUUCUCUAGUUGAUGAAUUCCCUCUUGCAAAAAGACAUGGCACUAUUAGUCCAGAAUUCACAUAUGUGUGGGAAAAUCAAAACACCCAUGAAAGACAGCAGGGGACCCAAUCCCCACCAUUGUUUGAAAAGCUAAGACAGUCGCUGAUAGAUGGAAUUUGUGGAACUUCAAAUGUUUUUGGUAGUUUUGAGGACAUGAACGAAGAUCAGGGACAUGAUGAUGGAGUUCCUGAUUUUGAUGAAGUUGAUGCAGACAUGCCAGAGAAUGUGCAUAUGGGUGAAAUGAAUGAAGAUGCACCUUUCCCUGAUAAGCAUAAUGAUGAUGUUCAUUUGGAGACUGAUGAGGCUUUUGGAGAUGAAGUUGCGGAGUCCAAUGCAAAUUUAGAAGACCUCUGUCGUUCUCACCUAGAUGCUCUCCUUACAAGUAUAGCUGAAAGUGAGAAACAGACUGCAUUGGCUGCCCGAGUUUCUACAUGGAAACAAAAGAUUGAGCACAACUUGGAAGAGCAAGAUUCACGCCCUCCGUUCGACAUUCAUGAAUACAGUGAAAAAAUCCUCGUCAAACUUUCUGUAGAAGCAGAUCAGCGAAAUGCCAUGUCCUUUGCUGAUAUCGUGCGGGGCCAAGAGAAGCAUGAUGUCGCUCGAACCUUCUCUUCGCUUCUUCAAUUGGUAAACAAUGGAGAUGUUGAUUUGGAGAGGAGUGACGUCAGUGAAUCUGCCUGUUACACUGUGGUGAAUCCUUUCUACGUUCGACUAAUUGGCAAUAAGACAAGAGUGAGGGAAAUACAUAUCAAGAAGAGGAUGAGAUCUCCCAUAAAACAAGCUCGAAAAGGCGGCGGGAACAAGCCGAUCGUAGAGAGGGAGAAGUCUCCUGCCAAUUCUCUUUCAAAGCCUAGGUCGAGGGUACUAUCAUCGCAACCUCAUUCUAAGUUCCCUAAUAAGGUUGUGAAAGUAGGCAGUGCGAGGUGCACUCCCGACAGCAAAAGGAGAAGGAGAUCACGAUUCGUAGAGCCCGUUGAUUUACACCCUGCCAGUUGACAUGAACCUCAUGUUGUGCCACGGGUACGUAUCCUUUUUUUUCUCCUGGACAAUCGGGGCAAGUGGCUGUACAGCUCGAGAGCAAAUAAGAUUGGGACAUCAUCCUUUGCAGUUCGAUCAUCUUAACAGAAACGUAGGCAUCGGGAAAUUUACGGUACCGUGUAAUUUAUUAUUGAGCCAGUGUAAUUGGUCGACGACAAGCAUUGUAACAUAGAUAGCAAUGUGACUAGUGUUGUUUUCCUUCCCCACCAAAGAAAUGUGAUUGUCUGAAUCACAGCUUUAUCGGGGCCAUGUAACACAUUAUUUUUUGUAAAGCUUUCUAUUCUUUUUUCUAA